GCAGCCCCAGCCCGGGCCAUGUGGGAGCCUCACGGUGCUGAGGCGUUCGCGGCUGCCCUCGGAGGCGCCCUCUUCCUGCUGCUCUUCGCGCUGGGGGUGCGCCAGCUGCUGAAGCAGAGACGGCCGUCGGGCUUCCCCCCGGGACCGUCGGGGCUGCCAUUUAUCGGCAACAUCUACUCGCUGGGCGCCUCGGCCGAGCUCCCCCACGUCUACAUGAAAAAGCAGAGCCAGGUGUACGGCGAGAUCUUCAGUUUGGAUCUUGGAGGUAUAUCAGCAGUGGUUCUAAAUGGCUAUGAUGUAGUAAAGGAAUGCCUUGUUCAUCAAAGUGAAAUUUUUGCAGACAGACCAUGCCUUCCUUUAUUCAUGAAGAUGACAAAAAUGGGAGGCUUACUCAAUUCCAGAUAUGGCCGAGGAUGGGUUGAUCACAGAAGAUUAGCUGUAAACAGCUUUCGCUGUUUUGGAUAUGGUCAAAAGUCUUUUGAAUCUAAAAUCUUAGAAGAAACCAAAUUUUUCAUUGAUGCUAUUGAAACAUACAAUGGUAGCCCUUUUGACUUUAAACAAUUAAUAACAAAUGCCGUUUCAAACAUAACCAAUCUGAUAAUUUUUGGAGAACGAUUCACUUAUGAAGACACUGAUUUUCAGCACAUGAUUGAGUUAUUUAGUGAAAAUGUGGAACUAGCCACCGACGCCUCAGUCUUCCUCUAUAAUGCCUUUCCAUGGAUUGGCAUCUUACCUUUUGGAAAACAUCAGCAACUGUUUAGAAAUGCAGCUGUGGUCUAUGACUUUCUCUCCAGGCUUAUUGAAAAAGUUUCCAUCAACAGAAAGCCUCAGUUACCUCAGCAUUUUGUUGAUGCUUAUUUAGAUGAGAUGGAUCAAGGUAAAAAUGACCCAUCAUCUACUUUCUCCAAAGAAAACCUGAUUUUCUCUGUGGGUGAACUCAUCAUUGCUGGAACUGAAACUACAACCAAUGUGCUACGGUGGGCAAUUCUUUUCAUGGCCCUUUAUCCUAACAUUCAAGGACAAGUUCAGAAAGAGAUUGAUUUAAUUAUAGGACCCAGUGGGACACCUUCUUGGGAUGACAAAUGCAAAAUGCCUUAUACCGAGGCAGUUUUACAUGAAGUUUUAAGAUUCUGUAAUAUAGUGCCAUUAGGGAUUUUCCAUGCAACCUCUGAGGAUGCAGUUGUACGUGGUUAUUCCAUUCCUAAAGGCACAACAGUAAUUACAAAUCUUUAUUCUGUACACUUCGAUGAAAAGUAUUGGAGAGACCCAGAAAUAUUCUAUCCAGACCGAUUUCUGGACAGCAAUGGAUAUUUUGCCAAGAAGGAAGCUUUGGUUCCCUUUUCCCUAGGGAGAAGACAUUGUCUUGGAGAACAGCUGGCUCGGAUGGAAAUGUUCCUGUUUUUUACAACAUUGCUUCAGCGAUUUCACUUGCAUUUUCCACAUGAACUGGUUCCAAAUCUGAAGCCCAGGUUAGGCAUGACGUUGCAACCCCAGCCCUACCUCAUCUGUACAGAAAGACGCUGAAAGUGCCUGGCUGUUUUGUGGAACAAGGUGUUUGCCUCACCCCUGAACCUUGUUUAUACAGUGUGUGUGUUUGUAUAACGAUCACAGCAUCAUAAAAACCAAAUGAACACAGAUGUGUCUUUAAAGACUGUAAUAAUAAGCAUUA